GUCGCGACGAUGACUGAUCUAUUUUUUGGCGGUUAGUAAAUAUGUCGACUCCCACCUUCGGCCGUAUCGAUGCAAGGUUGUCGCUUGUUUGGAAUCUAGAUUUUCAUCGACUGCAUGUCUUUUGCGACAUGAAAGAGAAGCCCAUGGGAUGCACGGCCAUGGUGAAAAGCCUCACCUAUGCUCGUAUGAAGGAUGUGACCGCUCAGUUCCCGGAAACGGAUUUCCUCGUCGAUGGAAUUUGUAUGACCACAUGAAACGAGUGCACGAUUACAAAGGCCCUUCUUCAACCGGGAGCACCUCCCCUGCAGCGUCGCCAGUCAGCGGCCACGCAAGCAAUGUUCAACUUCAGGCCUCUCGCAAGCGGAAGGGCGCAUCCAGCGUAGAUGCCCAUGUAGUCAAGCGGUCAAAGUCUGUCUCUUCGCGGGAUUCUCGUCCGAGCACACCUGCCAUGGCCGUGCACUUGGAAGCUCUUCAGACGGAGGAGGUAAGGCACCUCAAGGAAAUGGAGGACCAAUGGGCGCACCGGAUAUCUACUCUGCAAGGCCAAUUGAAUGUUCUCCAGGAUCCCCAGGAUAUUUCCGGACAUGAGCACCUUCGUGCGCAGAUGGCCAGCCUCCAGAGCCUCGCAACGGAAAUUCGGCGCCUCAGUCCACAGCAAUCUACCAGUGAAGCCUACCGGUAUGAUCGUGGCUGAAGAAGGAAGCUGAUCUUAUUAUGAUGAUACCAGUCCGGACAGGAUUUUUCCGGAAGCCAAGAUUCCAUCAACCGAAAAGUUUCUGGAGAAGCUGGGAUAUCCAGGAAUAUAAACCGAUAUUUUUCUCCAUCGCAAUGGCUCUGGAAUACCAGUCUAACCUCUC